AUGUCACAAAUGACCGUUCAUCCCGCUCUCAUCCUGAUCCGUAAUGGGGACACAGUCACUUCCUAUCCCGCCGUAUGGGACGGUAGCCGUCUCCUCUAUCCUCUCCAAGACUAUGAUACUACCGCUGCGCAUGAUACAGCGGUAGCUCUGAAGAUGGAAACGGACACCAAACUACAAGAUUCUUCAAUAGGGUAUAUUGGAGAGAGGUUACAUGAUCCUAUAAUGGGAGCAUCAACAUACCUCAGUCAAUUUUGUGGAGAGAGUGAUGCUUAUAAGGAUGCCCAGAGCUUUGGCUUUCAUGAUCAACAACAAUAUGAAAAUUGGAAAAACAACAGCUUUAGUUAUGAUGCUAUAGCUAGCAAUGUUGACCAAGGUUGGGGAAGACAUGGAAGUAAUGAUUGGCAAUCUCAACUGGCAUCACAAUCGUCUAAUGUGCCUUUGACCGCGCCAAGUUACAAUUAUGAUGUUAAUCUCCCUAACCGGUUUCUACAUAAAAGAAGUAGGAGGACAGCAACAGGAGAUACUACUUAUACUGAGACGGCACCGGAUGGUGAAAUACCACCUGGUUAUGAAGAAGAAGAGGAUCAAGAGUGGACAGCAGGAAAAGUGGUGGAUGGUUCCGUGACCGGGCCCGCGCCAAAUUAUCAAGGUUGA